UUUUUCAUUUUCUUGUCCAAUUGGAUUUUUUUUAUUCGCCAUUUUUUUUCGAAGUGAAACAAAAAAUAACAAGUAUCAUGACAAAAUGUGUUUAAUAUGGACAAUAAAAUAAACAAAUUCGUGAAUUUGUGAUGCAUAGCAUAAAGUGGACUGACCAACCCUUAAUAAUAAAUUUUUUGUGUCUGAUUAGUGCUGGCACGCGAUCAACUUCAUUCGAAUAAAAAGUAACAUUUGCAAAUAAAACAUGGAUAACAGUAUUUUCAACCAUAAACUACCACCAAAAACGGUUGGAUUGACGCGGUCAGCGAUAAACAAUAAUUUCGCCCUCGCCCCAAACGGUGUCAGUGGUUUUCGGUAUUCUAGUAUCGAUGUGAACGGUAGCAGUGGCAGUAGUGACAUUAGUAGCAUAAGUAGUAACAGCAGUGGUUGUGAUAUACGCACAAGAAAUCGAAAUGCAAACCAUCGACACGGUGUUGUUUCAAUAAACGACCAAACCAACAACCAUCAUCGAUGGACAGUCAAUUCAAUUGAUAAAUCGCCGAACAAAAAUUAUGACAAUAAGAAAGGAAUAAAUCUAACAUCGUUGGCAACAAAUGAUACAAGAAAUUACUAUUCCGUUGGCGAUAAAGCAAAAUGGACGCACAAGAGCCCAAUCAAUGGCAAUAUUUCAGUAAAUACAUCACACUCAAAUGGGUGGCCAUAUCAAACGAAACCAUUUCGAGAUAACACAACAAACGGAUCUGAAGUCUGGCUUAACGACUACUACAAAGAAUUCUACCGCAAUAAUACCGAACAAAAUCGUCACGAAGUAAAUAAUCGCACUAAACAGCUGUCAGGUGAUCAUAGGAUACGAAUCACCGUUAAUUGUGACAAUGAACAAAAUCGUCAUCAUCGUGCAAUCAGUGACCGAAAUCGAAUUAGCAGCGAAGAAAAUGUAUCAGGCGCAUCGGUUACAAUUGUUGAAAUAAACGAUUCUUCACAACAAUCAAACGAUGAUACAACUACACCGCCGAACAUAAUUCGAAAUUCAUUGAAUGAUACAACGACAAAAUAUAUAAAUAGUUCCAACAAAUCAUAUAAUGAAAAACCGAUCGAUGUUCCGGAGGAUUUUGAGCGACAAGCAUACGAAUUUCAACGUAACGAACUAAGCCCAUUUGUGAGAAAUCUUCAACCGAAUUCACAGCGUCAUCGAAAACGAUUUCCUCCACCAAGAAAACCGACAAACCCCAGCACUCCAAUUGAAAAUACAAAUGAAAAUAUGGGCAACGGAUGCUCGAAGAACAUUCGAAGACUGAAUAAAAAUACUGUUGCACCGAAUCACAUUACCAGCACACCACCGCCAAUUAUAACCAAUUUUGUCGAAUCAAAAAAAUACCAUAGUACUCAAAACAUAUCAACAAAAACCGUCCACAAUGAAAGCAUACCGUCAACAUCAACAAAUCAAAAUUGUUCGUCGCGGCCCGAAAUUCAAACCAACACAAUUGGAAAGACUGACACAUGGAAUACACAACGUUCUUCCAAUUUUGAUUCGGAGGCAUUUAAUUUGGCCUCAUGCAUUGAUACACAGUCAAUAAUUUUUGAUAAAAGUGAAACAAAAGCCACAAGACAAACAUUUAAACGCAGCAUAAGUAUUGAUAGUUCUAGUGAUAAGUCUGUACAAAGUGUUGAAACGAAAAGAUUUACCGCACACUUACAUCGAUUGUUUAAAAGUAAUCAGAAUUUAACAUCAACGACGAGUGCAACAGCUGCAUCUCCGAAAACCGAAAAUAGCAUCAGUUUUCCAAAGCUUUAUCAACGAUUCAGUGGCAGCCUACAAUCAUUAUUCAAUGGCAAUUUAAAUAAUAAUCGAAAACGAAAUUUAAGUGCAAGUGAUACAAAUCUUAAUCGAAUUAACCGAUGCACACUGACUCAACAACAAUUAAUUGACAAUGAUUAUUGCCCGUCUGUGUUGUACAAUCGUAAAGCACGAACAUCGUGCAGUGAAAAAAAUCUAGAUAAAACCCAAACAUUUUCGCGAUGGAAGAAUCAAUUAUGGCUAAAAAUUUCCCGCAAAAAAGCCAAUCCAAGCGCACGCAAAUCGAUUCAAGCGAUUGAUGGCGGAUUUUUUGAAAAAUUUGGUUCGCUAUUGAGCCAAAGAUCGGAAACAGCCGAAGAUGAAAUCGUCAAUUCACAUGCAUUACAAGCAUCAGGUGACAAAAUUGUCACCGAUUCAUUGUCGUUACGUACAAUUGAAGAAGGCGAAAAUGACAGUGGCACUGAAACACUACACGACACAGACAGUGAACCCGAAGAUCAACAAUCGAAACAAGAAGAACUUAUCAAAGAAUUUUCGGGAUUGAAUACAGAGGAACUCUACGAAGAAAUUCUUUAUCAAAUACUUCACAAUGUCGGAUGUGAAACGGAAAAUGAAACAUGCCAGAGCUCAUUGUUUGGAUACAUUCAAGAUGCUUUCAAGAUAACAAAUGCUCGUCAUGACGAAUUGUUGAGCGCAGCGGCUAUGAAGAAGCCGCCCGAGAUGCGUUUAAACGUCGAAGUGGUUGAAGCAAAAGAAUUGGAAUCCAAAGAUCCAAAUGGAUUAUCCGAUCCAUUUGUAACAAUGUACAUUGGUUCAGCGCCAUCACAUCGAUAUAAUACAUCUGUCAAAUCAUGCACUUUAAAUCCGUCAUGGGAAGAGCAUUUUUCACUACCGUUGAUAAAUGGAACAGGUGAUGACAGUUUGGUGGUUGAAGUCUGGGAUUUCGAUCCAGCUGAAACGAUUGGCGAGAAAAUGACAAAAAUUUUGGAUAUCAAAGGUGUUCGUGGUUUUCGUAAGCUAAUGAAAGAGAUUGCUGUGACAGCAUCAACAGGCAAACAUGACAAUGAACUAAUUGGAAGAUGUAGCAUUCCAUUACGAACAAUUUCAACGUCUGGUUUGGUAAUGUGGUUCAGUUUGGACAAGAAGAAUAAGCCAAAACAUCAAGGAUUGAUUAAAUUGCGUUUGUCAUUUAGCGCUGAGAAAAAUUGUAAAGUUGCUGUUCAAGAGCAUAAGCAUUUGCUACGCGUGUUAUUGUUGCACGAAUUAGAAUCAUCAAAAGUGGCUCCGUAUUGGUGGUCGGGAAAGUUCAGCGAACAAGGUGAAGCGGUGAUUGCACAACAUACCGCACAAAGUGGCAUGAAUGCAAACACACGAUCGGUAGCUCAAUGGUCGGCAUACACAACAAUUCAUGCAAACCAUGCUCUGUCAUUUAAACUAUUCGAGAAUCUCUUGGAAAAAUUGCUACGAUUUUUGCACUCGCCCGAAACAAAUGCAGAAGAUACAAAACUAUUUUGGGAAGGAGUGAAGAAAUUGCUUCCAUCGUGUUAUUCGGUCAUCAGAAAUAUUCGGAAGAAAACGUCCAGCGAUAAAAACUCAAUGAAAGUGCUCACAGAAGUUUUAUCCAUUCUUUCAAUUAUUGGUACACUUUCACCGCCCGCAGAUGUGGAUCUAUUUCCGAAAAAUGUUUACGGGUGGCUGAGUAAAGCAAAUGUAGACCUGAAGACGCUCGACAUUUAUAGUGUUGUAGAAGAAGCCAUUCGGUCUGGUGCUCAAGAUUUUUUGUUCGUAAAAAUAAAUGAAAUUCGUGAUGUUAACCGGGAGAAUGACGAAGAAAAUCUACAGAAUAUCAUCAAAAUUACACAAUUAAUUCGGGCCGAUCUGCAGCGAGGAUUGGAAUUUUACGAUAAAUUGUUCAAAGACCGUGUUCAAUGUGACUAUACAUCAAUCUGUUACAUUUACUACGAAAAAGAAUUAUCGGAAAAUUUUCAAAUGACCAUUGAACGAGCGUGCAAACAUCUCAAGCGAAUUUCAAUGCCAGAUCAUGCCGGCGAACCACUGCCGGAACAUGAAGAAGUCAAUAUGGGAACAACAUUGUUCGAGGUGUAUUUGAUCCUAAAACGAUUUUCUGCACUGAGUACAGCAUUGUGCCCAGAGACAGCUGUGUUUCGAAUCAACGAUUUCCAUAAUUGGUUCACCAGUGGUGUGGCGCAUUGGCUCGAUAUUUCACUGUACAAGGCAAUGAAACGGAUUGAAAAGGCCAUAGAGUUGGAUAAAUUGAUGCCAAUCGAUGAUACAGUGAAAUACAGCACAUCACCUAUUGACACUUUGGCCAUAUUUCACCAAAUUAAGAUAUUCUGGACUCAAUUAAAUUGGCCAGAUGUCGAAGGAAGUUAUACAUUCAUUGCAAAAAUUGUCGAUGACAUUUGCCGUUGUUGUGUUUAUUAUGCUGAUACAAUGUCGUCACGCGUUGAGGGUCUUGGAAAUAUUGAAGAUGUUUAUGAUGGAAACAAAUUUGUGGUAACACAAGAAUGGUGUUUGGCCAUCAAUAAUAUUGAUUAUAUUCGACAAAAGUUACCACCAUUCAUUGAAGACUUAAAAGUUGAAGAUAUCAUUGAAAAAUUGGCCGAAUAUAGAAGCCAGGCGGAAGCACAACGGUGUGAACAGACUCUGAAAAAUGUCGUUGAAAAUGCGGUCGAUACCGAAGAAAAUAAAAUCGUUGAUUUGAUCGAGAUUAUGGCACGAAAAAUGGGGCCACCAAUGCGAAAAUUUUUAAUGGAAGGAGCCGAAGUUCUACACCAAGACUCAAAUUCAAUGGAUCGACUUAUGUUGUAUCUGGAAGAAUCAUUGAAAACACUAAAUACUGAACUCAAUGAAGUUAACUUUGAACGCAUUUUAUCAGCCAUUUGGGUGGAAUUGGCCAUCAUUUUACGCGAUUUAGUACAAACGAAUUUGGAUAAACGACGUCCGCCUCAGUUCUUUAUGAAUUUACGUGAAAGCCUACGCAUUAUGGUCAAGAGCUUCAAGUGUGGAGAGAUGGUCAGCGAUUGCAGGGAAAGAGAAACACUUACUGAAAUCGAAAAUCUUUUGCAGCUGCACAGUUACGAAACCAGCGAUCUCAUUCAUCAGUAUUAUAUCCAACGAUAUAAGGAUCAACAAGCCAUGGACAGUGCACCACUGGGUCAACUCACCGUUCGAUACGGUUUCUCAGACGAUAAUUGCCUUGAGAUUGAAGUAGUGAAUGCACGAAAUUUGGUGCCAAUAGCAAGUAAUGGUUCAUGCGAUCCAUUCGUACGAAUCCAAUUCAGUCCAGAGGAGAAGUUUGGCGUAACAACAAAAUACAAAACGAAUUUCCAAAACAAAACUUUGUUUCCACUUUUUGACGAAAAAUUUGUGAUUCCACUCAAUGAUGAACAGCGUUCAAAUGGAGACGCAAUUCUCAUAUUCAGCGUAAAAGAUCGAGAUUUGCUUGGUUUCUCAAAUCAAUACAUAGCCGAGGGUUUUGUAAAGUUCAACGAAAUUGCAAACAGCAAUCGAAGCGAACAAAAACAUUUGAAAUUGAAUCGGCCGAAGAAUUCAGAUUGUCCAUGUUUAAAUGCGUUGAAGUUGCGCGAAGGCGAUAAACUGGCCAAGGAAUUCAUGAAGAAAAUAAAGCAAAAGCUCCCAUCAUCCUAAAUAUAUAUAUUUGUAUACUUAUGAUAUAUACAGCAUUAGAUUCAUUAAGAAGCUCUCAUUUAUUUACACAUUUAAUCAAAUUGAUAUUUAUUACAUUAACGAAUGAAUCUUUUUUUAUAUAUAUAUAUUAUAUAAUGA